CCAGUCCACGGUUUCAUUCGGCGACUACACCUGCCCCACGCGCCCAGAUUGAGAGAAAAUGGCGGCGCCCAUGGGAGAUUUUUAUUCGACAUCGAAUGUUGGAGACGCAGAAAAAAUCCAUGUGAAUAGACAGAUUAGCGAGCUCCAAGUACUUCAGAGUGAACUUUCUUCACUGAAGAAAAAUGCAAAGGUCUACACGCAACAACAAAAUAGCAAUGUGUUCUUCCUCUCGGACAAAGCUCAUUGUCAAAGUCGGUGCAAGAGUCAGAUCGAGACAUUGGAAAAAAUGAAGGCAAAACAAGAGCAACGAUGACAAUUAGAAAAAAAUGUGAUAACUCCUACAUACGGAUAGGUGAGUAAAGGUUUCACCAGUCACGAUCUGGACCAGAUGGAAAGUUGCAGAUAGGCAGCAAUGGUCAGUGCAUGUAUCGUGUUGGUUUCAAUCUUUCGCAAGAAACUGACGAGAUGCUUAAUCGAGCAAUUUGUUAUUACCAGGGAGGUGCUCACAGAUACUUAAAUAAAUCUAAAGAGUCUAUCUUAAAGAUGAAUACCACUUGUGGUAACGAUCUCAGAAUUCGAACAGAAUCCAAUGAAAUGUUAGUAUGUAUAAAUAGAGAUUAUGUGCCAAAUUGCUGUGAAAAAUGCGUAAAUUAAUGCUGAGAAAUUAGCAAAAUAAGCCUGGAAUUCCAUUGAAUGUCUGGUAUUUUUCGUAGCAAUAUUAAUACAGUGCCACAUAUGCUUUUCUAAUUUUCACUUUGUCUAAUGAUUAUAUUUUUUUCUUUUUCAAAUGAAUAGUUGGUUCAGGAAAAGUUAAUCGUACCAUAUAGAUAAGUGGUGGCGAAUAAAUAUCAGACCAAACUAGACAAAAAGGAAGAUGUUAUGAAAAUGUUUUAUUCGAGUUUUGGCCUUUUUAGUUUAUUAACUUUCAAUUUGUAAAUGAUUUGUCAAUUUCAGUUGAGGGUCUUUAACAUAUCAAAAUUAACAUCGAAUGAAUAUCAAUGGUGCCCUUCAUCUUGAUUUUUCUCUGUUCAUUCAAAUCAAAUUGUCAUUGGUAUGGACUUCGAUGUCAAUUGUAAAUCUGUAGGAUGGGGAGAUUUUAUUUUCAAGAAAUUACCUUGUUUUUGAUAUUCUAUAUUUCAUCGAUGAGAUAUAAACCUGUUGAUUUCAUCUAUUCUCAUUAUGGUGA